AUGGCUCGCAAACUGGUGCAUUUGGAGGUGAAACCUUCAGUACGACAACAAAUCGUGAAAGAACUGGCCGUUUUGCACAAGUGUAAUAGCCCAUAUAUUGUUGGUUUUUAUGGAGCUUUCAUCGACAAUAACAACAGUGAUAUAUCGAUUUGCAUGGAGUAUAUGGAUGGACUUUCUCUUGACAUUGUAAUGAAAAAGGUUGGCCGAAUUGCCGAAAAGUUCGUCGGUAAAAUUUCCGUGGCUGUAGUGCGAGGACUGGCUUAUUUGAAGGAUGAGAUAAAAAUACUCCAUAGAGAAGCAAUAGAAAAUUACAAGAAAAUGAUGGAAGUGGAUCAAGAAAGCCAGCAGGUUGUACAAGAUGAUACGGCUACCGCGGGACAGAAUUCCGACCUUCGAGCUCCGCCAACGACAGCUGGAUAUUCCACUCCACAGCAGUCGAAAACGAGCACAGAU